CAUUGCAGGAAAUCUACCUUUGGAGUUGAUUUUCUAUUCUAACCUGUGGAUUGGAAAAUAUGUCAUGUAAAAGGAUGUUUUUGAAACAACUGCCAUUGCCUGGGAAAGAUCCAACGUUUAUUAUUACUGCUGAAAGAUGACUUCUUCAAGCCAUUAGAAUGCCUGGCUGCUUCAAACAGACCUUAUUUGCUUUCGUUGCUGUAUUGAGCUUUGCAUCAUUUAUCUUGAUCGUUGUCGGAAUGGGCACACAGAAAUGGAUGACUGGCAGAAUCCUUUGCAAGACAGGAGCUGAGCUAGUCAAUGCCACAGACCCAGAGCUCGUCAAAUUCAUGGGGGAAAUUUACUAUGGACUCUUUGGAGGUGGCAAAAUGCGCCAGUGUGGGUUAGGCGGCCGGCGAUCCAGAUUCAGAAUAUUUCCACAUCUGGUGAAAAAGUUGAACACAGGUCUCCAUGUGGUGAUUAUCCUCUUCCUUUGUGUGGCAUUUUCGUUUGCCCUUAUCAGUUUGGGAUUUUGCAUCUUAAACAUAAUGAAAGUUCCCUAUCGGGCUAUUAAAGGCCCGGCAGGAAUAGCCCUGUGGAACAUACUUGCAGGUGGUUUUGCAGUGCUAGCAGUUACCUGCUUUAUGGCUGCGGUCAAACUGCAUCAUCUUACGGAAAGGAUUGCCAAUUUCCGGGAACAUAUCUUCCAGUUUGUCAUCUUGGAAGAACAGUACCAAUACUCUUUUUGGCUUUGUGUAGCAGGCGCAACGGUUCAUGGUGUGAAUUUGUUCAUCGUUGCCAUCAGCGUGAUUCACUUCCCUACACUGAAGACUAAGACGGAAGAAGCAAACGUCGCAGCAGAAGAUAUAAUGUACUAAACACUUAACUGUCUGGGUUUGGCACUUGGCCAGUG